AUGUCUAGUAUCGCAGUUCGUUUAGCAAAUGAGAAGAUGCUAGACUAUUCUAAAUAUAACGCUAGUGAAAUGCGUGCGUUAUUUGAGAAUUCUCAGUCUGUUUUAGAGAAAGAAAGAAAAAAGAAUUCUAAUCUAGCUUUAUCACUUAUUGAAUACGAAAAGAAUGCAGCAUUAAUGCAAGACAAGAUUAACAAGCUACUUUCUAGGCUCACAAAGACAAAAGAACAUUACCAAAUUCAAAUUCAAGAAUUUUCCAAGAUUCAAAUUGAACUUAAACAGCAAAUAGAAAUCAAAGAAAAGACUAUCAUUGAAAUGAAAUCGAAAUUGCAAGCGAAAGCCUCUCCAUCAAAAGUUAACGAGUUACAAACUUUAAUAAUUGAUCUGAAAAAUCAAUUAGAUAUUAAAGAAAAAAUGAUUAUAGACUUAAAGUCGAAGGUUAAGAGUGAAACAAGUACUUCAUCUAAAGUAGAAGAAUUGCAAAAUAUCAUUAUCGACUUACGCGCUCAAAAUACUAGUCUUUCAAAUCAAAUUAAUAAAUUAAUAUCUAAUAAUAAAGAAUUUGAGCUCAACAAAACUAUUGAAUCUCUUCAAUCCAAAGUUUCAGAAUUAUCUUCAACGGCACAACAAUAUAUUGAUAGAGCAAACCAUCAAAAAGAACUAUUUAAUAAGGUGCAGAAUGAUAAUAUCGAACUUAAAAAUACACUUUCCACUGUCAAUAAGCAACUUAUUGAUUCAUUAGAACAGAAUAAGAAACUAAAUAAGCUUCUUGAUAUAUCUAAACAAAAAGAGGAAUCAUUUAAUAUACAAACUACCACUGCCAACCAAAACGUAAAUAAAUACACUCAAAUGGCUAAAGAAUUAGCAGAACAACUAUCGCAUGAAACAGAAAAAUAUGCACAGUUAGAAAAGAAAUACGAAGAAUUAUCUCAGAAAUCAUCAACAACAUCCUACGAAGAACAAAGAUUAAACGCAAUUAUUUCAAAUCUCAGAGAAGAAAACGAUAGACUAUCAGCAAAGAACAGAGAGUUAAAUAAUACAAUAUUUACUUAUAAUAUGGAUAAGAAAUAUAAGAUCACGCCAAAGAAUUGUAAAUGUUGCUGUGAUACAGACAACGCUUCACGCGAACAUAGGGAAUGCGUAAGAAUUGAAGGUGAACUUAUACGUAUUAAAAGCGAAAAUGUCCAAAAUAAGAAGGAAUUGGAGUUUAUGAGGGAAAAUUCGCUGGAUUUGAAGAAAUAUGGAUUUUUAUUAGCUGAUGCAGUUGGAUCUUCAUUUGACCCUGAUCGUGCUGAAGAAGAGAUAAAGCGAUUAUUAGAAAUUGCUAGAGAACAUCAUCAAAAGGUAAAUGAUACUGCGCGUGUUCCUUUGGACCCAUUUGAUUAUUGA